AAGUGACCGCUCCUCAGCUAAAAUCCAGGAGCACACAGACGCCAGAGUUAGCUUUCCAUUAAGGGAAUGCUAGAAACUGGCCCAGGAUAAAGCAAAGGCUAAGGGACAGGAAGAAAGCUUGAAUUACAUGAUCGCAAUAUUCUGCAAAAUCAGAUUUCGGCUUCUGUCCUGCUUCUCUUUGGAGCUGAAAACGCCUCGAGUUUCUCCCUGAGAAGCAUGAGCAAUUGCGUAAGUACUAUAUUUUCUGACAAUUCCCAGCACGAGACCAUCCAAGGUUACGAGGCAAGGCUGCAUGAUAAGGUGAUUAUGUGUUUGGGUAUUUUAUACAUGAGUGUAACCUUGUCACCUUGCUUUGCAAAACCAAAAAUCCCCUAUAUAUGCCCAGGAGAGGAGACUUCAGCAUUUGCCAGGCCCAGCAAAAUGCCCUCCCUUAUUCGCUUUCCGGCCUCACUGCUUCUCCCACACGUGGGUUCAGUAAGUUGUAAGACUCUGAAAUCAUGCUUGCUGAAUAAUGCUAGCCCACUCUGAAAAUUUGGGAGAGAGCUGGACCCUCGUCAUCACCACGCACUGUGUCACCGAGAUAGGGUAACCCAUGGUUACUGAGCGCAGAUCAGUGAAGGAGCAGGCAGCCUUCCCUCCUCACUGCUCUAUAAAAGAGACCCGGGCAGGGGACCCCGCCAGCUUCCAGCUCUCAGCCGGACGAGGGGUGGAGCGGAGCACACCAGCUGCUGGCGGAGGCAGGACCAGCAUGUCUCCUUCCUUCAGACUCCGCUGUCGCUUCAUCCUGAUCUUCCUGGUGGCUCUGAGCGGGGAGAGCCGGUACCUGGAGCAGCGGGAAGCCGGGGACCACGACCCUUUCCUGCUCCUCGGCGCCCACCUGAAGCGGGAGCUGGCGGGGGAGCCGCUGUACCGCCGCGCUCUGCGGUGCCUGGACAUGCUGAGCCUGCAGGGCCAGUUCACCUUCACCGCCGACCGGCCGCAGCUGCACUGCGCUGCCUUCUUCAUCAGCGAGCCCGAGGAGUUCAUCACCAUCUACUACGACCUGGUCUCCAUUGACUGCCAGGGCGGGGACUUCCUGAAGGUAUUUGAUGGUUGGAUUCUCAAAGGGGAGAAGUUCCCCAGUUCCCAGGACCACCCUCUCCCCACAACUGAGCGGUACAUAGAUUUCUGUGAGAGUGGUCUUGGCCGAAGGAGCAUCAGAUCCUCCCAGAACGUGGCCAUGAUCUUCUUCCGGGUCCAUGAACCAGGAAGUGGGUUCACAUUGACCAUCAGGACAGUUCCCAACCUCUUUCCCUGCAACGUCAUUUCCCAGACCCCAAAUGGAAGGUUCACCCUGGUGGUUCCACAUCAGCAUCGAAACUGCAGCUUCUCCAUAAUUUAUCCUGUGAUGAUCAAAAUAUCUGAUCUCACCCUGGGACACUUAAAUGGCCUGCAGUUAAAGAAACCUGCAGCAGGCUGUGGGGGGAAAGGAGACUUUGUGGAGCUACUGGGAGGAAGUGGAUUGGACCCUUCCAAGAUGAUGCCUUUAGCGGAUCUCUGCUAUCCCUUUCAAGGCCCUGCCCAAAUGAAAAUUGGCUGCGACAACACGGUGGUGCGCAUGGUCUCCAGCGGAAAACACAUAAACCGUGUGACUUUUGAGUACCGCCAGCUGGAACCAUACGAACUGGAGAACCCAAAUGGAAACAGUAUCCAGGAAUUCUGUUUGUCUGGUCUUUGAACAACCAAUCCAGUGAUUUACAUGCUGCUAGCAAAGUGAGUGUUUAAUAGGUAUUAUAUAUGAUUUCGAUGACCACUAGUUUAAAGCCUUUCCUACCAGCCAGUAUUCACAGGCUCUCUCUCUCUCUCUCUCUCUCUCUCUCUCUCUCUCUCACACACACUCACAAACACACACGUUUUGUACCUUGUUUCUUUUUCAUUUGUAAUAUAUAAAUGACCACAUGGCCCCCACCUUGAUAGUAAAACAGUUUUCUGUAAUUCUUUGGUAUGCUACAAACCUGAACUGGUAAGACAAGUGCAAAGCAAUGUGCAAUUUUAAAAAAUGUGUCUCAAGGAAAAAUACAAUAAAGAAAUAAAAAUGGUGGCAUUCAUAUCAGUUCUAUAACAGAAAACAAUGGAAUGUCUGUGUACACCAAGGUAGUUGCUUCUGUUUUUAUUUUCUGCUUAUUAUUCUGUUUACAAUAGAUAAUAGUUGUAGCUACUACGUAUUGAUUUGCAUCAACUUGUUUUUAACAAACCUUUGUAGCAAGGAAAACCUUUCUCAUCCGUAAUACAAAAGUGAAUAAAUACAUUUGGGGUGUUGCCACCUUGAUACUG